GUGCUGAAAUAAUCACUCAUUCACUCUCAUGGCUGCUGCGGCAACAAAGAUGGUCAAGAACGAACUUAUCAGCCACAGCGAUGACGACGAUACAGAAGAGAACUUCUCAGAGGACGGAGACUGGGGAGACUGGGAAGCUGGUGUGGAGGAGGACGGUGACGGUGACGGCUCCGAAUCUGACUUCCUCUGUUUAUUCUGCGAGUCUCACUUCGUGUCCUGUGCUCUACUCUUCGAGCACUGUCGUGUGAGCCACGCGUUUGAUUUCCACGGAGUUAGAAAGGAGCUGAAACUGGACUUCUACUCUUCCUUCAAGCUCAUCAACUUUGUUCGGUCACAGGUGGCUGAGAACAAAGCUGUUGAUGUCAAAGAUGUGAACUUUCCUUGGGAUGAUGAGAAGUAUCUGAAACCCUUUUGGCAGGAGGAUUCGCUUUUGUACAGCUUUGCUGAUGACGAGGAAGAAGAAGAAGAAGAGGAAGAGGGAUUAGAUAGAGAGGGUUUAAUGGAGGAUUUGCAGAAACUUGGGGAUUUAAGUAUUGAUGAUGUGUCAGUCAAUAAGGAUGUUACUCUUAUCUCAAACAAACAAAGUUGUGUGGAUGGUUUGGUAGUAGUUAAUGGGAAAGAUGAAGAGGCAAGAGUUUGUGAUGAGAGGUUAGCUGGUAGGAACGUUAGGAAGGUGAAUGAGAACUAUUUUGGAUCUUAUAGUUCGUUUGGGAUUCACAAGGAGAUGAUAAGUGAUAAGGUUAGGACAGAAGCAUACAGGGAUGCUCUUUUGAAGAAUCCGAGUCUCCUGUCUGGCUCUGUUGUAAUGGAUGUUGGUUGUGGAACUGGAAUAUUGAGUCUCUUUGCAGCUCAAGCUGGGGCUUCAAGGGUAGUUGCAGUUGAAGCUAGUGAGAAGAUGGCCAAAGUUGCUACUAAGAUUGCUAAGGAUAACAAAGUGUUUAAUGAUAGCGAGCAUAAUGGGGUACUUGAAGUAGCACAGUCAAUGGUUGAAGAGCUAGAAAACUCCAUAAAGAUUCAACCUCAAAGUGUUGAUGUGUUAGUCAGCGAAUGGAUGGGAUACUGCCUUCUAUACGAGUCAAUGCUCACCUCUGUGCUCUAUGCAAGAGAUCGGUGGUUGAAACCUGGAGGUGCAAUCCUCCCUGACACAGCCACCAUGUUUGUAGCUGGAUUUGGCAAAGGCGCCACAAGUCUUCCUUUCUGGGGAGAUGUCUAUGGCUUUGACAUGUCUUCAAUUGGCAAGGAGGUUCUUGAAGAUACUGCUAGGAUUCCCGUUGUUGACGUUAUAGAGGACCGUGAUUUAGUGACUGGACCUGCCCUUCUCAAGGCGUUUGACCUGGCUACCAUGAAACCAGAUGAAGUAGAUUUCACAGAAACAGCAACGCUUGAGCCCAUUGAAUCAGAAACAGAAGCUAGGUUGUGCCACGGUGUUGUGUUGUGGUUUGACACAGGUUUCACCGAUAGGUUCUGCAAGGAAAACCCAACCGUGCUAUCCACAUCACCCUACACUCCUCCAACGCACUGGGCCCAGACGGUCUUGACGUUUCAAGAACCAAUCUCAUUGGCACCGGACACGGUUCUGUCUGGUGCUGACAGAAGUGGAGCUAUUGGAACGGAAGAAAGUCCUGCCUCGAGCAUCCAUCUGCGUGUGAGUGUUGCACGAGCGUCUGAGCAUCGCAGCAUUGAUGUCUCAUUGGAGGCUACAGGUGUGAGCUUAAACGGUCAGAAGCGUUGUUGGCCAGUUCAGAUAUUUAAUCUAUGAACGUGAUUGUAACCAAUUGUAAGACUCAUUUUCUCCAUUUUUGAUCUAAAACAAGGAUGUGGAUUAACUUCCUUUUUAUUAUUGAGGGUAAAAGAAUAAUUGUUUUAUUGAUAAAUGUUAAAGAGAGACAGUAAAAG